CAGUUAUAGGUUAGGUUUUCGUGUGACAUGAUCAAAAAUGGAUACAGCAUUACUGAAAAAUAAAUUUCGCGGUACGAUGCUGGGCGUUUUAAUCGGCGAUUGCCUCGGAAGUCCAUACGAAGGCUUAGAAAAAUUAUCGCGUCUCAAAAAGACCGUUUUGCAACGAAAGCACGAUAAAUUAUGGGAAACAAAGUUUAGAGAACCUGUCAUGACAUACACAGAUGAUUCAGCAAUGACACGUGCCUUAGCUGAGUCAUUGAUUGAGAAACGAGAUUUGGAUAUUGUUGACGUAGCUCAACGAUUUGCAAAAAGUUAUUAUGAAAAUCCUGAUCGUGGUUAUGGAGCUGGUACUAUCACUAUACUUAAACAAUGGAAGGAACAUGUGGACGAAACAAAUGUAAAAAUCCCAGCAAAAAAUCUAUUUGAUGGUUUAGGUUCUUAUGGUAAUGGCGGUGCAAUGAAAAUUGCACCUGUACCAUUAUUUGCUUACAACAAUUAUGAUAAACUUUUACAUUAUGUUAAAGAAGUGACAAAGAUUACACACACACACGAAUUAGGAAUAAACGGUGCUAUUUUACAAGCUAUAGCAAUUCAACAGAGCCUACACUUAAAUCCCAGCGAAGAAUUGAAUGUCUCCAAUUUUGUUGACAAUCUCAUAAGUAAAAUGGAUAAGAUUGGUGAUGAUUCAAGCCAAUUGUACAAAGAGCGACUAAGCAUAGUAAAGAAUCUAGUUUCCGAGGAAGGAGAUGAUCCUAAUGAGGAAAGAGUAGUUCAAGAAUUGGGUAAUAGUAUAAGAGCUUUAGAAUCAGUUCCUACUGCGAUCUUUUGCUUCCUAAGAGCACAGAGACGCAUAAGAAGGAUACGAACUGACAAUCCUCUUAGAAGAGCAAUUCAGUAUGCGAUUACUUUGGGAGGUGAUACAGAUACAAUUGCCAGUAUGGCUGGUGCAAUAGCAGGUGCAUUCUAUGGUUAUGAAAAAUUCAGCAUACAACUUUUAUCACAUUGCGAAGAAUGGGAGCUAUUUCGUGAAAUAGGCGAUAAAAUGCUGGAUCUAGCAAUGUCUCAAAUAAAUAAAUAAUGUAUAAAUAAAUAUAUAUAUAUGUGUGUGUAAUGUAUAUAUUGAAAAUUAUAUAUCAUAUAAAAGAUUAUGGAAAAAUUUUUAUAAAAUAGUGUUUUUAUAUUAAAUAUUAUUGUUAUGAUUAUUGUACAUUUAACAAUUACAACUGAUUAAUAACAAGUAUUAAGACAGAAAAUUUU